AUGCGGUACGUUCUUCGUUAUUUUGGUGCCGCCUUCGUGUUGACCAAUGUACGUGGAGCAGUGUUUGACGGUGAAACGGAACAAGACGUUGUGAAACUUAUACAGGCAACGUUAGAAUGCCGUCACGUCUCGGGAAUGACCGUCGGCAUCAUCAAAGAAAACGAAACAUGGACACAUGGCUUUGGGAUGGCUGAUUUAAAAAGCGGGCGGCCUGUAGACGGAGACACCUUGUUUAACAUUGCCUCUGUGACCAAGUCAUUUACCAUGGCUUUGCUGGCGAUCCUGCUUAAAGAGAAUAAAUUACAUUGGAAGACGACGGUAUCCGAUAUUCUUGGCUCAGAGUAUGGGUUCAUUGACGACUAUAGGACACGGGAGACAACUCUUCGAGACCUUUUGUCACAUAGAACAGGCCUGGCCAACCCCGACAUCGGGUUCAUGGCUGGGUUUCCUCCAUCCCUAUCGAGGGAAGACAUGUGCAAACGGAUGAGGUAUCUCCCAGAGCAAAUCCCUUUUAGGGACUCCUAUAUCUACAACAAUUACUUGUACAUGUUACUUGGUCACGUGGCAGAAAAGUUAGGUGGAGACACGUGGGAAAAUCUUCUAAUGUCACGAAUUUUUGUACCCCUUGGAAUGAAGUCAACUAAAAUACUGAAGAAGACAUCGGACGUGCUUGCCAGUGAUAUGGCGCAUCCGUACAUAUACAAGGACAACUCGUUUGAAAACUCAACUUUAGAUAUUUAUGAACUACAUCCGGCAGAGCCAGCAGGAGCGAUAUUGUCGUCUGCAGAGGACAUGGUGCUCUAUUUACAGUUUGUUCUGAGCAAUGGGAAAACAACGACUGGGGACCAGUUGGUAGACCCUAUGCUUUUCAGAGAGGCUUUUUCAGUUGCUUUACCUGUGGUUAGAGGGGACGUCACCGUGUCCAAACCGACUUUCCCCGUGUCUGACGUUGUAGGCGGAUACGGAUACGGAUGGUUUGAGAGUAGUUAUGAUGGCUACAGAGCGGUGUGGCACAGAGGAACCCUAUGGGCUUACUACUCGAUUGCCUGGUUGGUCCCAGAGCAAAAUAUAGGGAUAUUUAUUAGUACAAAUGGAGGCAUGUUUAAGGAUGACCAGUACACAUCAUUGACUACAACCCUGUACUAUCUGGCAGACUUAUUACUGGACAAAGAACCAUGGCUGAACUCUUCAACUGCCUGCUCUUUUCCCGAACCUUGGAAAAAAGUUUACAAGGCUGAUUCAAGGCCACCGGAAAAUUCUCCUUUCUUGCCGGACAUUUCCGAGUAUACCGGAACCUACGGAAAUGAGUUUCAACCCGAUGUUGUAGUAACUGUGAACGGAAGUUCACAAACGCAGCUUAACUUCGAAUCGGGAAGGUGA